AUGAGUCUUGUAUCUGAACAACAACGUUUACAGAAUCAGCUCCAGCUGAAGCAGCUGGACGAGCAAAGACAAAAACAAGUGGAACAAACAAAGAGUUUCCAGUCUCGGGGCUCUUCACAACAAGAAAUGCUCCAGAACUUGCGCAACAAAGAGGCAGUCAAGCGCGACCCAACAGACCCUCUGGUUGUCCUUGUCCCCACCGAUGCCAACCCUACAGAGAUUCUGGCAACACGGUUCGGGCUUUGGCGGACCAUCAUUGGAUGUCUGGUGCACUAUUUGAAAGAGAUAGUGUCUGUCCAUGAAGAAAUCAGCAGACAGCAAAUCCGGUUGCACCAUGCCAUCACGUUCCCGUUCGUGACCCAAGGACUUGACGGAGAAUACUACCAGCCAGUUAAGGUGAACUCUGUGGCUCCCCAGACGGGCCAGGUUCUUUUCGGCCACAAAGAGCAAACCCGUCCAGAGCCCAACGAGGAUUUUGAGAUUGCUGAGAAGUCGUUUUUGCCUCUCGGAAAUGGAAGUAUCCAAGAUCUCCCUACGGUUUUGUAUCAGUAUCAUUCCAAUGCUGCGCUGUUGGCGCAAUCUACCGUGAAGGAGCUGAACGGCACCAUCAUCCCACGUUUGGAGGAUUUGAAGCGGGACCUGAUGGUUAAAAUUAAAGAAAUCAGAUCUCUUCAAAGUGAUUUUAAGAACCAAGUUGGGAGAUACCAACAGGAAACGAAAGCCGAAUUGAAUGCAUAUGUCAAGGCUGUCGAGACGGCUAAAAGUCGUCCGCAGAACCUGACUCCUAAAGACGAUCCUUAUCUUCUUAGAUUCAGUGUCAAUAGACUCAUCAAGCGGCAAUUAACCGAAGAGAACUAUCUGCAUGAGGCAUUUAACAACCUACAGACCUCUGGAAAAGAGUUGGAGAAGGUGGUUUACAUUGAGAUUCAAACCGCCCUGACGGUCUAUGCAAAACUGUUGGGUCAACAGGCCCAAAACGUGUUUGAUGGACUCAUCUCCAAACUCGACUCCGGUCUUCUCACCAAAGACCCAUCAUUCGAAUGGGAUUCGUUCAUUGCUAAAGAUCCAAAGAAUUUUAUUGAUUUGAACCUCCCUAUGAGACAUCUGAGUGAAAUUCAUUAUCCACAUCAAAAUGACCCGCUUACUUUUGAAAUCAGAGCCGGAUACCUCGAGAGAAAGUCCAAGUAUCUCAAGUCGUAUUCCAAGGGAUACUAUGUGUUAACACCAACAUUCAUUCAUGAAUUCAAAACGGCCGACCGCAAGCGCGAUCCAGUCCCUAUCAUGUCUUUGGCCAUUGAGGACUGCCAAAUUGCGGAGCAUUCUAGAAAAGAUGAGGCAAACGCCAACUCGUACCACAAAUUUGUGUUGCAUGCCAAACAGAACGGAUUAUUGCGCAAGGGCCACAACUGGGUGUUCAGAGCCGAGAGUUACGACUCGAUGAUGAACUGGUACAACGAUCUCAAGAAGGUGACAGGACUUCCCACUUCCCAGGCCCGCUCUGUGAUUGGAUGGGAGCGUAAGAAGCAGGAGAGAUUAUCCUCGUUGGCAUCUUCGUCAAUGGUGUCCAGAAACCGCAACACCACGGCUCUGAGCAGUAUCACCGACCAGUCUAGCUACAAGCGUGAGCUUUCACCACAGCCUUCGAUCACCAACCAGUCGCUGAACACCAUUCUUUCUCUGCCAAAGAACGUGGAGCACAGCAUCCACUCCGUCACUGUUGCUGCUCCCGAACUUGGACUCAAACAAAAAACGCACCCUACCGACAUCAACAGCCAUUCGUUUGUGACUCUCGAUACCAACAAUGCGUAUGUUGACGAGAAGGUUGGCGAUAUGACUCUUUCAGACGAAUCUAAAAAGGAUACUCAAAUGUAG